GCCAAAAUUCGUGCAAACACAAGUUCCAUUGAGUCAAUAUCAGUCAAUAUAUUUUGAGUACAACAUUGGUUUUGAGUAAUAAAGGUUAUUUAUUUAAAAUUGGUGCAUUAAUAACUUAGAGCCAUCAUGGGAAUUUUGGGGCUCUCCAAACUUGUGGCUGAUAUUGCACCAUACGCAGUAAAGGAAGGUGAAAUCAAAAAUUACUUUGGCAGAAAAAUUGCUAUUGAUGCUUCCAUGUGUUUGUAUCAAUUUCUGAUUGCUGUUAGAAGUGAAGGAGCUCAAUUAACUUCAGUGGAUGGUGAAACAACCUCUCAUCUGAUGGGCACCUUUUACAGAACAAUCAGACUUAUAGAGAAUGGUAUUAAACCAGUAUAUGUGUUUGAUGGUAAACCUCCACAAAUGAAAUCUGGUGAACUUAAUAAAAGAAAGGAAAAAAGAGAUGAGGCUCAGAAGGCAUUGGACAAGGCAACGGAAGCAGGUGAUCAAGCUGACAUUGAUAAAUUUAAUAGGCGUUUGGUUAAAGUAACGAAGCAACAUGCGGAGGACUGCAAGAGUCUUUUGACCUUAAUGGGAGUACCAUUCAUUGAAGCACCAUGUGAAGCAGAAGCUCAGUGUGCUGCUAUGGUCAAGUCUGGAAAAGUGUUUGGAACAGCAACUGAGGAUAUGGAUGCUUUAACUUUUGGAUCAUCUGUAUUGCUGAGACACAUGACAUUCAGUGAAGCAAGAAAAAUGCCGAUUCAAGAGUUCCACUUGGAUAAAGUCUUGCAGGGAAUGGACUUGACUCAAAAAGAAUUUAUAGAUCUGUGCAUUUUGCUAGGCUGCGAUUACACAGACAGUAUUAGAGGAAUUGGACCUAAAAGGGCAAUUGAUUUGAUAAAACAACAUAAAAGUAUUGAAGAGAUUCUGAAGAACAUUGAUACCAAAAAGUAUGUUCCACCAGCGGAUUGGAAUUUUGAGGGGGCAAGGCAACUAUUUGUAGAACCAGAGAUUAUGGACCCAGAGAAAAUAGAUCUGAAAUGGAGUGAUCCAGAUGAAGAGGGUUUGGUGAAAUACUUGUGUGGAGAUAAACAGUUCAAUGAAGAGAGGAUAAGGAAUGGUGCCAAGAAAUUGUUAAAAGCUAGAGGAGUCACAACACAGGGCCGUUUAGAUGGAUUCUUCACUGUUCUAGGUACGACUCCCGCAAAAAGGAAGGCUGAAAACAAGAAAAAUACGCCAAAUAAGAGGGGAAAAGUUGGUACAGGAAGAGGUAGAGGAAGAGCAAAAUAAGAACCAUUUGAUUUUAUUUAAAACCUUGAUAUUAAUCUAUAAUU